AUGAGGGACUUGAGACGUGAGAAACUGCUUACCGUGAUGACCACGCGGGCUUACACGCGGUUUGAGCCGCAGGAGCUGGUGCAAUUGUACAACGAGCUGCUGAUGAGGAUGGGGAAGCUUGAGCGGUCGAGCGAACCCAAUGAUGUCUCGCUGCUGGAGAUGUACUUUUAUGUGUGCUGCUACCUUGGCAAGGACCAGGAGAUGUCGCUUGUGUUUCAGCGUUUGAGGGACAGAUUUGGCGAGAGUUCCCCUAGAGUUGCUGUGAUGAAGGCUACUAUGAUGGAAGUUGAGGGCAACGACAGUAGUGCUGCUAAGCAGUACCUAGAAGGUCGUUUGAAGGAGCUGGAGUACGAUGCCGAUAGUGUGAGCUACGUGAUGCUGUCUAAGAAGUUACUCGCUCUAAAGAUGAGGGACUUGAAGAAGAACCCACAACAGCAGCUCAAAGAGACAUUGGCGUUAAUAGAGAAGUUUCCGCUGGACCCGGAGUUGCAGUGGGUGUGCUCUGAGCUGUACUACUCGCUGAAAGACCUAGACAAGGCGAUAUACUGCAUCGAAGAAGUUCUGGUGGCGAUGCCAUUCAACUAUGUAGCGUUCGCUAGGCUCUCCGAGCUGCUGUAUUACAAGUAUGUGCGUGAGUUCCAGGAUAAGCCUGCGAAGAGGAGAGACACUGCAGCCUUGCAGCAAGCGCUGGACAACGCCCUUCGUAGUGUCGAGCUGAGCGAGCUGUUCUUGAAAGGAUGGUCCCUGGUGGCUACCAUCAGUAAGGAGCUGGAUAAACCACAACUGCUACAGUUGUCGAAGAAGAAGCUGCAAGAGAUCAGUGAAGUGUCAAACAGCAACGACGCCCGUAUAGCCAAGAAGUUCCUACAGAAGAUGGCAUAA